AUGUGCCACGCGCUGCUGUUGUUCAUGGGCAACGCGAUUUCCGGUGGUGGCGGCGGCGGCGGCGGCGGCGUCGGAGGCGGCCGAAAAGCGACCGAGUCGACCCGCAGUGACGUAUCCGACCUGAAGAUGACCACCACCUCCACCGCCGGCGCCGCCACCGCCGCCGCCGUGAGCGAACUGACCCGAGACGUGGAGCGCCUCAAAGCGGCCAUGGACGAAAAGGACAGGACCGUCGAACAGCUGGCCAGGGCCGUCGAAGACAUACGCAACAUGCUCGAGAACGCGGCAUCAAAUCAAUUUAUAUUGCCAUCGCCGCAAGCGCCGCCGCACCGGCUGGACAAAAAGAAAGGGGUGUCGGGAGAAUGUUCGACUUCGACGGAAGCCCCGAUGCCGAUUCUCAAACAGUCCAAACCCAUCAAGACCAAGCAUCUGAUCAAACAGGCGCUGUGCAAGAAUCAGUUUCUGAAAAACCUCAACACCAAUCAGAUUUCCGAGAUUGUGGACGUCAUGUACACGAAAGACUUCGAAGCUGGGUCAUACGUCAUCAGGAAAGGCGAUCCCGGGUGUUGUUUGUACGUGGCCGACGAAGGAAAGCUCGACGUCAUUCAGAGCGGACGGGUGGUCGAUUCCAUCGGACCUGGCGAAGUGUUCGGCGAGAUGGCCAUACUCUAUAACUGUCCGCGUACCGCGUCGGUGAGAGCCGUCCAAGAUGUCAAGGUGUGGACUUUGGAAAGAGUGGCAUACCAACAAAUCAUGAAGACUUCUGCUAUGAGGCGGUUUGACGAACGAGUGGGGUUUUUGAAAAGCGUACCGUUAAUGAAGGAUCUUAAUGAAGAGUUUUUAUCGAAAAUUGCUGACGUCUUGAAAGAGGAAUUUUAUCCGGAAGGGCACUACAUCAUAAAACAGGACACUCUGGGUGAUAAGUUCUACAUACUGAGCGAAGGGCGAGUGAAAGUCACGAAGACCAAUAAAGGUGAAGACGAAGAAGAAGAAUUCGGAAUAUUGGAACAAGGAGAGUUUUUCGGGGAAGUGGCGCUGUUAAAAAAAGACAAGAGAACUGCUAACGUUGUAGCCAUGCAUCCGGGAGCUGAAUGUCUCACGCUGGACAGAGAGCCUUUUGUGCAUUUCAUCGGCAAUCUGGAGGAACUAAAAAACAAAAAGUACACAGAACUUCCGCGAAAGCCCUCAGUCCAGUCACCGGUAGAAAUCAAGACGAAAACAUUUUACCCGGAGCUGUUCCGCGUGGAGCUGACCGAUUUCGAGACGGUCGCCACCAUCGGCGUCGGCGGCUUCGGUAGGGUCGAUUUAGUGUGUCUGAAACUAGACAAAAACCGAUCUUACGCGAUGAAGAAACUGAAAAAACAACAUAUCGUGGACAUGCAGCAACAGGAGCACGUGUACAACGAGAAAACCAUUUUGGAGUCAUGUACGAGCCCGUUUAUCGGCAAACUUUACCAGACGUACAAGGACAACAGAUACGUAUACAUGCUGAUGGAGGCUUGUCUGGGCGGCGAAGUGUGGACGCUCCUCCGGGACCGGAGGUGUUUCGACGACAACGCCGCGUGUUUCGUGAUCGCGUGCGUUGUAGAGGCACUGGACUAUUUGCACGGAGCCGACGUCGUCUACAGAGACCUGAAGCCGGAAAACCUGUUGCUCGACCAGCAGGGUUUUGUGAAACUGGUGGAUUUCGGCUUUGCAAAAAGGCUACAACCGCGAGGCAAGAAGACAUGGACGUUCUGUGGUACGCCCGAGUACGUGGCCCCGGAAGUUGUACUGAACAAAGGCCACGACCGGGCAGUAGACUUUUGGGCUCUGGGAAUACUAGUGUACGAGCUCCUGGCCGGAAUACCUCCGUUUAGCGGGAAAGAUCCAAUGGACAUCUACAACGCGAUAUUGAAAGGCAUCGGCGCUGUCAACUUCCCGAGACAAAUGAACAAAAUGACUCAAGGUCUCGUGAAACAGCUGUGUAGAGGCGAUCCAACGGAAAGGAUAGGCUAUCAAAAGGGUGGCAUACAAGACAUCAGACGACAUGAAUGGUUCAAAGGUUUCGACUGGACCGGUUUGAGGAACAAGAGCAUAAUUCCACCCAUCGUACCCCACAUCAACAAUCCGCUGGAUUCAUCGAAUUUCGAUAUUUAUCCCGAGGACGGGGACGUGCCACCAGACGAAUCGUCGGGCUGGGACGCGGAAUUUUGAAGCGGUCGGCCACAGUUUGAUCCUCCGCCAAAUCUAUCACUGACCGCUGCAGGACUGUACAUAAUAUUAUCAUUGUUAAUACUACUACUAUUAUAAUAAUAAUUAUUGAAAUUGAAAAUGUGACACUAAGUAUUCAUAGACUAGGGUCUAGAUUUUGUUGUGGAAACCAACACUUUUCACAUUUUCCUAGGAUGAAAAGAAACAAUAUAUAUUAUUUCGUAUGUAACGCUCACACACAAUGUAAAACAUAAUAUCAUUUUAACUUCAC